CUUCUCCAGACUCCAAAUCAUUUACAGCAGCGGAGGCCCCGCCCAAUCCACGACUUACCUCCCGCGUAAAUCAUUUGCCUCGCGGCGGUCUCGAAUCUGGAUCCAACCUCCAUUCGUGAUUUUCCAUUGCGUCACUGGAUUUCAAUUCGUUUGUUCGGAAAGCUUAUUUGGAUUUCUACAUCCGUCUUACUUCUUCAGCCCAAAUCAACCACGAAGGCGCCCUUUUCAAGGAUGAGGGAAUGCGGGAAUACGAAACGAGGGGAAUCAGACAAUCCAUCUGCGGAAGACAAUGAUAGUCUGAUUGAGGGCCUUAUUCCUCAGCUAUUUACUUCUGUAUCGGUUCUCAACGAGGCUGCUUCUUAUGUGGCACAAACAACUUCGUACUUUACUGGCUGUUUUUCUGAUUCUUCUGUUUUAUGGUGAUUUGGUCUCAGUUGACCCUGGGCUUAGAGACCCUAGGAGUUCUGCAUUACAUGAAGAGGAAUUAGUGACGUUUUCUUCCAGAGAGUCUGCAGUAACGACAGCCAGAACUAAUGGAAAUCAAAACUCUAGUGCUACACAAUCAAUAAUUUCUGAAUCAGAGGUAGCUGCAAUUGCUGCUCCCCCUGUAUAUACUGAAGUUUCAAGGACCAGAAUUGAAGAACCAUCUGGCCAUAGUGGUGGUCUCCAGUUGUCAAAUAACACUGGUCGGAGUGGCAUGUCAAUUUUUCAAGGCCUUAUUGAUCGAGCUUUGAGGACAGUACGUGGAUCUGCAGAUGAUAUAGGGUGGCUUCAAAGUGCAUCUGGAAUGCCUUCGGUUGAAGAUGGAACUGAUAGGUUUAUGGAAAUUUUGGAAGAUAUCAGGCAUGGUAUUCACAAAGUACCUAAUUCAGUGGUUUACUUGCUGGUUCCAGGGCUUUUCAGCAACCAUGGACCACUGUAUUUUGUUGAUACAAAAACGAAAUUCUCAAAGAUGGGUCUGACCUGUCAUAUUGCCAAGAUUCAUAGUGAGGCUUCAGUGGAGAGGAAUGCAAGAGAGAUCAAAGACUAUGUUGAAGAAAUAUAUUGGGGUUCUGGAAAACGUGUAUUAAUUCUUGGGCACAGCAAAGGGGGAGUAGAUGCAGCAGCUGCCUUAUCGUUGUAUUGGUCUGAUUUGAGAGAAAAAGUUGCCGGCUUGGCAUUAGCUCAAAGUCCAUAUGGCGGUAGUCCAAUAGCCUCUGAUAUCUUGCGGGAAGGACAGCUUGGUGACUAUGUGAACGUACGGAAGCUUAUGGAGAUUUUGAUUUGUAAAGUGAUGAAGGGCGACAUGCAAGCUCUCGAAGAUUUAACGUAUGAUAGGAGGAAGAAAUUUCUAAUGCAGCACCAGUUGCCAGAAGAACUCCCUGUGGUAUCAUUCCACACAGAAGCCAGCAUUUCACCUGCUGUUUUGGCCACCUUGUCCCGUGUUGCUCAUGCAGAACUACCAGCCCCACUCUCUACUGCAGAAGCUGCAAAACUCCCUGUAGUGGUACCGCUGGGAGCUGCAAUGGCAGCCUGCGCACAGCUGCUGCAGAUGCGCUACCGCGAGAAGAGUGAUGGACUUGUAACUUGCCGUGAUGCUGAAGUCCCCGGAUCCACCGUGGUGCGUCCAAAACGCAAGCUAGAUCAUGCCUGGAUGGUUUAUUCGUCUCUCUAUGACGACGCUUCCGAAGCAGAUGCAUCUCAGGUGUGUGAGGCACUUUUGACAUUGCUUGUUGAAGUUGGGCAAAAGAAAAAACACGAGUCGACGAAUAAGGAUGAGUAAUAGCAUUGACGUCGGGUCUGUUUGCUUCAAUUUUUCAUUCUCCUAGUAUUAUGUGUAGGUGAGAAUGGAAUUUUUUCUGUAUAUAAUUUGGCUUGAGAUAUCACUACCUUUGAUGGGUCGCGAUAGUUAUAGUAGUAUUAAAGCCGCGAUGACUCCGCAGACAGAUAGCAACAAAUUAGAUAGAAAAAACAGGCGAUGCUUGAAGAGCAAUAAAAACCAUCGUGUAUUGGGUCAUGUAGACCCACAUUGGUGAAGCAGGUUGAUCGUUUAUGCCUAAGUCAGUAUUUUUAUACUUUGA